ACAGCAACCACCAGCGCGACGAGAAGCAAGUCGGGCGCGAUCGGCUAGCUCCGUGAAUCUUCGGGCCGAGGCGACAUGGGGGCCCAAGUGGCGUUGGUGCUCCUUCUGACGGCUUCUCUCUGGAAUGGUGGCAGUGCUGGAGGACACGGAGGCGGGAAGAAGAAGGUCAUCAUCCACGUGCCGCUCAAGGUCAAGCACAUACACCACGUACACACCGUCUACAAGGUCAUCAAGGGCCACGGCGGCGGCGGCGGUGGUCACGGCGGUGGCGAUGAGACCUACGAGGUGGUCGUCGGAGGCGGCGGAGGCGGCUUUGGAGGCGGAGGCCACGGAGGCGGAGGAGGCUUCGGCGGCGGUGGCUUUGGAGGCGGAGGCCACGGAGGCGGAGGAGGCUUCGGCGGCGGUGGCUUUGGAGGCGGCGACUUUGGAGGCGGUGGUCAUGGAGGGGGAGGCUUUGGAGGCGGUGGCUUCGGAGGCGGCGGUCAUGGAGGGGGAGGCUUCGGAGGCGGCGGCUACGGAGGAGGUGGUUUUGGGGGCGGUGGUCAUGGAGGAGGAGGUUUCGGGAGCGGUGGUUUCGGUGGCCACGGAGGCGGUUUUGGAGACGGAGGCGGUGGCUUCGGAGGCGGUCAUGGCGAUAGUUUCAGUGGAGGCCAUGGGGGUGGCGGCGGCGGAGGCCUGGGUGGCGGCCACGAUGAGGGUGGCUACGGAGGUGGAGGAGGAUUCGGAGGCGGCGGUGGUGGUGACUUCGGAGGCGGACACGGCGGCGGUUACGGGGGUGGCGGCGGCGGAGGCCACGGCACGACUUCAAUCGUUGCCGUUGAGCACGUCGAAGGCGGAGGCGGUGGGUUCGGGGGCGGCUUAGGAAGCGGGGGGUAUGGAGGCGGUCAUGGAAGUGGUUUCGGAGGAGGACACGGAGGUGGGUUGGGAGGCGGCGGUGGUUUCGGGGGCGGUCAUGGUGGUGGUUUGGGAGGCGGCGGUGGAUUCGGAGGUGGUCACGGGGGUGGGUUUGGAGGCGGCGGUGGUUUCGGAGGAGGUCACGGGGGUGGUUUGGGAGGCGGCGGUGGUUUCGGAGGUGGUCACGGGGGUGGUUUGGGAGGCGGCGGUGGUUUCGGGGGCGGCGGUCACGGCGGUGGGGGCGACUUGUCGGGUGGCGACGACCUCGGGGACGAACACCACCCCGGGUACCCUUAAUGACCGCGCCAGUGGUACCAACUGCAGUGCCGUCACGAUGUCCAAGGACGAGAAGCCAGGUCGUGAGCGUGUGAGCUUAUAGGCGUGACUUGAGUGCAGUGUGCGUCUAGAGCACGUGUUCAGUAUUACCGAAGCCGAAAUGAAACAGACCCCAUGCGUAGUAACCGCGUUACUCAUCUAAUUACACAGACCUCUGUAGUCUACAGAAUGAGGCCUGCCAAAUGACUACAAGCACCUAAAUCAAAAUCAACAGCAAAAACCAAGUGUUUUUUUUUCAAGACUGAACUUUAUAUUUUUUACCCGUGCCUGUGUUUCAUGUAUGUUGAUGUGUGAAUUAUGUUGUAUUGACUUGGUAAAUGAGUCACUCACUAGUCCUUGUAUAUGUUGCCUUUGUUUUUUAUAUAAAUUUUGUAUUUUUUUACGAAAUGUUAAGUUUUGAAUGUAAAUAUAUAUUUUAUACUCAA